AUAGUUAAACAUCGUGAUCGGGACAUGGCAAUUUUUUGGUCAACAAUAAUAUAUAGUAAACAGUGUAAACGUGGUGCCAUCGCGGUUUUUGUAAAGCAGCUGUAUAGUCGGCAAAGCGAAGAUUCGAUUGCGUCGGAUUAUGGCGUACGGCGUGAGAUUUGGACGUUUGUUUUUUAGUGAACCGCCGAGAGUAAACCUACACGCGCACACUGUACUAUACACACAUACAAAUUGCAAUUAUCACGUCGUUCGUGCUCGAAAUUCGAAAUGGCAUUCCGACCGGACGUCAGUAGUCGACUGUCGACGACAAACUAUCGUAGUCUAACAAUCGAGUUGCGAGUACGUAUUCGGGAUAAAUUUGUGGGGAGGCGGUUGAAGGCCCCCUGUGUACGUGCUUGCCGGGUCGUGAUCGAACUCAUCGAAGUAAAUAACAGUAAAACACACCGGAAAAUAAGCGUACUAAUCCAAAAACCUACGACGAUUUACUCGUUUUAGGUAGAAAAUAAACAACGGGCAAUGCACUAGUGUACUGGUAGAACGCGAUUUCCCGGGCGUUGGAGUAUUCGAAACGUGAAAACACUGAAAACUGGUUGGCACGGGAUCGGCACUUACUGCUGUACCGCUGUUAUAGUUUCGUCAGAGUUGGUAGCGUUGGUAGCGUUGGUUCGCAUUAUCAAACCGAUUUGAUGAACAAUGAUCUCUGCGGUCAAAGGACGUGUGAUAUACCGUGAUAAAGUGUAAAUAUGACAAAAACAACAAAACAGUAAAUAUACUAAUACUAAAUUAUUAUAAUUUAUUAUCGUCGUUCGAGCGUAAUUUAUUUACCAGCCGUUUCGAACCCCGCGCAUCUAUAAAUCUCGCCUGCCGAAAGUCCAAGUUCACGAUGUGCGGUUAUCGGAAUUAGUGUGUUCGAUGGAAUUCAAAGGUGCGCGUUUCAUCGGGAUUUGUGCCGACGAAAUUGGUCAUGAACGAAGAACAGGUUGGCUUUAACUUGGAUGACCUGAGAAAGCUUUGCAAGUCGUACAUUGACUACACGCGUACAUACAUGGACCGCAAGCAAGUCAGGCGAAUCAACAAGCAGCGUUCUACGUUGGACAAUUUCGUGUUCCAGUUCUCGUCGGAAGUGGUGGACUUCAGCUCUCAAUAUGGCAGCGAUAUUAGCAUAUCUUACACGGCCAGCAAUGUCACGGGCAGACCGAGCAAGUUUCCAAACUACGGAGACUUUCCACAGUCUUAUGUCAUGAGGAGUUAUGGACCAUGGAGAGAAUUUGCACCAUCUCGAAAAUGUCCAAUCAUGCCACAAAAUGCUGGAAGAAUAAGAAGCGAAGAUUAUAUCAUAUUAUCAUUUGAAAUACCAGUUGUUCCAUUGGUAAUAUCUAUAUUUGAAACGUUUACUCCCGGGUCUGUAGUACGGAUAUCAGGCAAAGCUAUUGACCUUCCUGAUACGAUGGCAUGGAGAUUAUUAUGGGAAGGGUUACCCCAGAACUGUAAUGGCUUGAGACAUUCUCGAUUGUUUGCUCCAAAAUUAAAUUACAUAAAGGAACUGGUCAAAGAAAUAUGCAUAGAGUUUAAUCAUUCUCAAUUGGAUUACUAUACUGAGUUAGAUGCUGUAUCUAUGGGCGGUAUUUUGAAAUAUCCGGAAAGUGGUGAACUAGACAUUAUUUCUAUACCUAUGGUUACUCAUACUUCCUUAGGAUAUGUUUAUGAUAAUAACGAAGAACAAAAUCAGGAGAUAUUGUCUGGUAUUAGAGUGCCCUCAAUGGCUUCAAAUAUACCUAUGUCAACUAGUCUAGAUCCAUUUUUGAAACUUAUCAAGAACAUAGAAGAACUUGAAAAUGAAUGGCGUAAGGUACCCAACAUUGAUUACACGUUGCGAUUGCCGAAUGAAUCAUUGAUGCAAAUAUUUUCAUAUUUGGAUUUAAAAUCAUUGCGACUUUGUAUGAGAGUGUGCAAGCGCUUUAAUAACAUUUGUACUGACGGAUAUUUCUAUAGAGAAUUAAAUUUAAAACCUUAUUGGUGUUCAUUUUCCUAUUCAAUGCUCAUUUCAUUAGAGCCGUAUUGUAACCAAUUGACAAAGUUGGAUUUAUCCUGGUGUGGUAUUACAAAAGGAAUACUAAGCACAGCAUUCAACUUAUUUAUAAAGAAAUGUGGUACUAACUUAACUCACUUACGACUGGACUGUUGUGGAUUCGUCAAUGAUACAACAUUAAUCGCAAUAAAUUUAUUUUGCAAAUAUAUUAAAGAAUUGAGUUUGAGAAGUUGCACUUCAAUCGAUUUUGAGCUGAUAUGUCCACCGCAGAGUUUCCCAGAAAUGGAACGUAUAGAUUUGUAUAGAACAAAUAUCACCACAGACUGUUUAGUUUUUUAUAUAACAUGUAUGCCCAAGUUGAAGCACAUCAAUUUAGGGUCGUGUAAACGAAUUGAUUGUAUGGACCAUAUCGCCCAUACAUUGUCAAUAUCAAACAAGCAACUAGUGUCUGUAGACUUUUGGAAAAGUUAUACGCUGUCUCCUACUGGAUUGCGCUUUUUGACUGUUCUUAAACAACUCGAAGAAAUUGAUCUCGGAUGGUGUUUAGCUUUGAGUAUUCCAGGUGAUAGUCUCUUGGACUUGGUAAAAUCUUGUCCAAAAUUGAAAAAAAUCAUUGUUGUGUCAUUACGUGGUGUUUGCGACCGCGAUCUACUAGCGUUUGCUGAUUACUGCCCGUUGCUGGAACAAAUCGAUUUGGUUGGUCUCAGAGCAAUUACAGUUGACGCUUGCUCCAAGUUCCUACAGAAAUGUAAAAAUCUUAAGUUAAUGGAUGUUAACUUUUGUGAGAACAUCAAAGAAGGAGAUGUACAAGUUUGGCGAUCAAAAUAUCCCAAUGUAUGCAUCCAAUUUACUACUUCUGACCAUUCAAAUGUAUAUCAUUAUUAGACCAUCACA